CAACCUUCGCAGGCACCCUUUCCCAUCAGGUCGCCGCCACGUGCUCACUGGCGCAACAACUCCCGGCUCCACCUCCGGCCGGGUCGCCCACUCAAAACCCAACCCCACCACCGUCCCCGCGUCCAGCGCGCUCUUACCAGAUGCCACUCUCCUGCUUCGCCAGCGGCCGGGCCGACUCCUCCGCCGCCAAGGCCUCGUCGGCGACGUCCGUCUACUGGACGCACCUCGGCGCGAUCAACCUGUCGUGGUCCCGCGCCGCGCUGGGCCUCGUCCUGACCGUCGACAUAGCCGGCCUCGCCGGCGCCGCCGCGCCCGCGCGGUUCGUGCUCCUGCCGCUGCUCCCGUGGCGGCGGCAGGGGUCCAAGCGCUUCUCCGGCGCGUCCGGCCACUCCGUCGCCUUCUCGUGGGACCUCUCGCACGCCCGCCUCGCGCCGCGCCGGCCCGAGCCGCUGUCCGGGUACUUCGUGCUCGUGUCGAUCGACGGCGAGCUCGCCCUGGCCGCUGGCGACCUCCAGUCGUCGUUGCCUUCGCCGGCGGCGUCCGCUGGACUUCUCCUCUCGCGCCGCGAGAACGCCUUCCCGCCCGGAUGCGGCGGCGCGUACACGACCACCGUGGCCGUCGCGGGGGAGGAGCACGAGGUGUCCGUGGCCGUGGAGGAGGCGGCCAUGUGGGUGGCCGUGGACGGCAAGCGGGCCCUCCAGGUCCGCCGCCUACCAUGGAAGUUCCGUGGUAGCGAGACGCUCGACCUCCCGCACGGCGGCCGGUCCGCCCGCGUCACGUGGGACCUCCACGGCUGGCUCUUUGCCCCGGAUGCCGCCGCCGUCUUCGUCCUCCGGUUCGACACCGACAUGGCGAACCCCGUGGAAGACAACCACAUGGAUGAAGACGUCGGCAUGCACGCGCUGAGGCAGAACUCUUUCCGGAGCCGCCACGCCGAGAGCAGCGGCGAGAGCGAGAUGAGGGGAUCGUGGAGGCGCGGCCCGUUCAGGUCGGGCUCGGACUCGUCCCCGACGGUGUCUGUGGCGUCGACGUCCGCGGCGUCGUCGUCGGCCGGGAGCGUGGCGACCGUGACCGAGUGGGUCACGGCGGAGGAGGCCGAGCUGCGGGACGGCGGCGGCGGGUUCUCUCUGAUAAUCUACCUCUGGAAGAAGCGGAGGCCGCGGUGAUGCCUUCACGGCGUUCGUGCCUUGGCUCCGUUGCAGUUGCAUUGGAUUGCACGCACGAACUCAUGUCUCGUGCAUGCUGAAUUGUUGAUGUGAUUUCUGGUUUUUGCCGCCAUAGAUGACAUCUUUUUUUUAGUGCAAUCUUGGUUAGCUCGUGGUUGUUGACCGCCUAGCAAUCGCCAUGGAUGAGAACUUCUGGAAUGCAAUCUUGCUGACUUCGUCA